GAGAGGGAGAGAGAGAGAGAGAGGAGUCGGCUGUAAGGUGAGACUUACUGAGGAUACUGACAGGUGCAUAACGUGGGGACCAGUGACCAUAACCCAGCAGGGCUCUCCGUUUCAUUGUUGACAUUAAAUGGCUGCUUUGCCUCCUGGAAUCCGCCUAUUCUUGUCAUUUUCCAGGGACCAGUGGUUUCGGGCCCUUGUUCUGAUUCUGACAUACCUGCUCUACUGCAGCUUCCAUCUUUCAAGGAAACCUAUUACUAUUGUCAAGGGUGAGCUGCACAAGCACUGCGCAGAACCAAAUGAAAUAGAACUUCUCAGCUAUAAAGAGUUUGUGAUUUUGGAUCAUUCGCCUCUACACCAAUCUCACAAUGCCUCUCGCUGUGGAUGGGCGCCAUUUGAUAAGAAAAAUUACAAACAGCUUCUUGGUGCCCUGGACUAUUCCUUCCUGUGUGCGUAUGCAGUGGGCAUGUUUCUCAGUGGGAUGAUUGGUGAGCGAUUACCACUUCGAUACUUCCUGUCCUGUGGUAUGGUGGCCAGCGGAUUCUUCACUAUUCUUUUUGGCUUUGGCUAUUUUUACAAUAUUCAUAACUUGUCUUAUUACAUCAUUAUCCAAGUGCUAAAUGGCUUAGUUCAGACUACAGGUUGGCCGAGUGUAGUAACUUGUAUUGGAAACUGGUUUGGAAAAGGAAGGAGAGGGCUUAUUAUGGGAGUCUGGAAUUCACACACAUCAGUGGGAAACAUUCUUGGAUCUCUUAUUGCUGGAUUCUGGGUGUCUUCAUGCUGGGGAAUGUCUUUCCUUGUUCCUGGUGUCAUUAUCUCUGUGAUGGGAAUAGUGUGCUUCCUGUUUCUCAUAGAGCAUCCACGGGAUAUCAAGCCAGAGAUGCCCCUGUCUCCACCCCCACCACGUUUGUCAUGUAACGAGUUUAAGUUCUUCAACCAUGAGAUCCUAAACACCACUUCAGACAAGAACUGGGAGGGUCAGAACCUGCUGGGACCAUCUCCAGUGUACCCCACACAUCAUGUUGUGGUUCUCCAAAAAGACACUUAUGUUGGUACUAAUGGAUCCUCUGCUAUCAGCUUUCUUGGUGCUCUUCGGAUCCCAGGAGUGAUUGAAUUUUCAAUGUGUUUGUUAUUUGCAAAAUUGGUCAGUUACACGUUCCUGUUUUGGCUUCCACUUUACAUCACUAAUGUGGGACAUCUAGAUGCACGGCAAGCUGGAGAUCUGUCCACUUUGUUUGAUGUUGGGGGUAUAAUUGGUGGAAUACUAGCCGGGAUAAUCUCAGAUAAGUCUCACAAACGUGCAACAACAUGCGGCCUAAUGCUAAUGUUUGCAGCCCCCACACUUUACAUCUUCUCAGCAGUCCGCAGUACGGGACCAAUGUUCACCGUUGUUAUGUUACUGGUUUGUGGAGCGCUCGUAAAUGGUCCGUAUUCACUUAUAACAACUGCUGUGUCUGCAGAUCUGGGAACACACAAGUCUCUAAAAGGGAACGCCCAUGCCUUAUCCACCGUUACUGCCAUUAUAGAUGGCACGGGAUCAGUAGGUGCAGCUUUGGGCCCUCUCUUGGCUGGACUUCUAUCUCCAUAUGGAUGGCACAAUGUCUUCUUCAUGUUAAUGAUAAGUGAUGCCUUCGCCCUUCUGUUUUUGCUGCGUCUCAUUAAGAAGGAAAUAACCUGCAUUCGACCUAGUCCGGAGACUCAGACACAGCUGAAAGAACAUUGAGAAGGCUUUCAUCCUCUUCUCUCGACUCCUUCAAAAUGAAGAAUGAAUCCGCGACUGCUCUCACUGUGUCACCAUGUCUGUCAGUCUGUCUGCGAAUGACCAGUCACACUCCAGAGAGCUCCCAGACUUGUCCAUGUUAAUCUAUUCAUAAAUGUCUGCAAACUUACAUGCGGCCAUUAACCUGCCUGAGUGCUCGAUCUCCGCAGACUGUUACUGGAUCGUCCUGCAGUGCAAGGAUUGGGAUAUAUAUAUAUAAAGAUUCUAUUAUAAAGAUAUUAUUAUAAACUUGUUUACAAACUGCACUCAGCUCACAAUGUGAAGGAAGGAUGUGUGUUCACACUAUAAAGCUUACGUUGUGACAUAGAAGGGUCAUUAUUAUUUAUAAAUAUUUAUUGCCCCUGG